AUGCCUUUGUCGAUCAAGAGCGACUCCCCUUUCUCCUUUGGAGAUGCCUUCAAUAUCUGUAGCAAUAGCAAGUCCACUACCACUGGUGGCAGGAUUACCCGGUUUACUCCCCUGAGAUGCAUGAGGCGCAGGGGGGAUGGUGAUGUAUACGAGGUUGUCCCCUUCGAUGAUGGGAAAUAUGUUGCUAUCAGCUACUCUUGGCCAGGUAAAGACUGGGUUCGUCUUUACGACAGCAACCUAGGGACGCAGAUCGCAAGGGGAAGCGGAGCGACGCCGGUCGAAUGCAAUCACUUCUCUUCGUUCACUCGAAAGGCGUUCGAGGAUGCGGUACAAGUCACAGAGAUUAAACAGGUCUGGUUAGAUUACAUGUGCAUCGAUCAAAACAACAACGCGGAGAAAGAGGUGCAAGUCGCGCUGAUGGAUAGGUUCUACAGCAACGCAUUCCUCACCGUUAUUCUCCUCGAAGACGUGGAACUCAGCAAUGCGGAGCUCGAGCUUCUUCAGGGAAGUCUCACCAUGCUGCGAAAUCGCUCGAGCGAAUAUGUGCAGAUCGUCCGGAGAAUCCUGAAUGCGCGUUGGUUCGGACGGGCGUGGUGCUCCCAGGAAUGGGUCCUCAGCCGCUCGCCAGCGAUAUACGUACAUCGCACGGAUGAUCCCUACGGGAAGCCUAUGUCCUUCAGCUGGGCAAGCUUGAAGCACUGGAUUAACCGAGCAGGAAUAUACGACCCCCAGAUCAACGAUGUGGGUCUCACGGAUCCUCGUGGCUCUAAUACGUGGGGAGCCAACGCGAAAUAUGACUUCCAGCAGUCCAUCGCUUGGGCCUUCGGUGUCGUCCACGACUUAGGCUGCUUCAAUCAAUACGACAAAGUGGCCCUUGUCAGCAAUCUGGUCCACGUUGAUAUGUCGUCUCGCAUCGUCGACCUUCCAGCAGUCCCCCCGCCAAAGACUGACCCACGGGUCGUUGCUGCAAACGUGAUUAAGAUUAUCAACAUUCUUGCUAUUCUGCGCGGGGAUUUUUCCCUGCUCCUAACAAGUCACGUCGCCAACAAUCCGCUGCGCGUAUCCAAGGGGUUCACCUGGGGUGGUCCAUCCAUACGAGGCGAUGCCGUUGCACAGGCGUGGUCCCCAAGGACAUAUGAAGUGCAUGAAUCGACAGCUUCACUUGCGACGGACGGCUUGCGCCUCAAGGGCAUAGCCAUGGAAAUCUGUGAGCAGACGGACUACGAGUUUGUUAGAGAUCCACAAGGUCUUCAUGCGAGGAUUAACGGAGUGGCACAAAACCUGGUUACCUCUGGAUGGCUCUCAAAGGAGUACCCUGCCGCAAGCGAUCCAUCCAACUGGCUCUCAGCCGAGUCCCCAGGCACGAGGCUGCUUCAUGCUAACCAAGCCUUCUUCCGCGACCUCUGCUACAUCAUCGACACCUUUAAUCUCGUCAACGUCUACCAGCUCAUCUUUAAUCAUGCCCAUGACCAGUGGUGGUAUGAUUCUCGCGACGGGGAUCUCAAAACGCAGAUGGGAUCCCACUUUACGCAUUAUUCUUUGACCAUCAUGUUCUACGCGUCCAUGAUUUCCUUUCUGUGGGAAGGGAAAGUGGGGAAGUUUAGUGUGGUGAGGAUGGCCAAUGGCUCGGAGUUGUUGGUGAGAGGGAACGUGUCCGAUCUGCGGGGAAAGUUGUUGUUUCAGCCGUAUGUCAUUCGCCCGAAGGAACUUGGCCCUCACCAUCCGACUGUAAACUCGUUUGUGCUCGACAAGCCUCUCAAUGUACCACAGCAGUCGCAACUGCGGACCUAUAGAUGUCAUGGCGCUGUAAGAGGGUUUGGGUUACUACCGGCCGAGGGUGAAGAGAUUCAUGCCCACAUCGACUGA